AUGUCGUACUACUCACGGCCGGCUUCUGCCGCCGCCGGUCACGCGCAAGACGAUCAAGACCAAUACCCAUAUUAUCCUGACCCGGACCUUAUCGUAGGCAGCGGUGCGAACGCAUUCAUCAACCCAUACGAGGCGUCCGCUGCCGCAUCCUCUGCUUCGCACGCAUCUCCCUUCUCCGACGUCCACGCAGCUACCUCACCCGCAUCCAUCUUGCCCCUCUCGCACCAGCGGAUGUCGUCGCUUCCACCUCAACAGCACAUGAGUGUCAGCGUCGAUCCAAGAACUUCUCACAUGCCCGGUCUCAGCGAGAGCUUCUACAGCCAAGCCGCCAACGCGCUCGCUAGCCCCCCACCUGCCGUUCGAGCGAUCAGCCCAGCAGCUCAUCUUGCUACGCUUCCAGAAUACUCGCAAGCUCCCAUGCACGGGUCGGGCGAUGGUGGCUAUACGUACUACAACCAAGGUGCUGCAGGGCACUACUCUUCGCUCGGACAUGGCGAAGGUGAUGAUGACGAGGACGAGGAUGACGCUGCCACAAAGUACUCUCCCAGCUCGGGACACGACGAGAAGUACGAAUAUGGUCGACCCGAUUCGGCGGCAGCCGCAGCAACUUCUCCAUACGCACUUGCUAAGGGCAACGGCUACCUGCAGAGCCCCUACGCUCAAGUCGCCUCCAACGAGGAGGACGUCGAUGACCCGUACGGAGUCCUUACUCGUGAGGCAGCGUUUGGAGGCGAAGACGGGGAAGGCUACGAUCCAAACUCAGCCUAUCCUGCCGGAACCGCUUCUGGCUUUGCUGGAGGUGCUGCAGGUCAAUUCGGCGACAACCACUUCGAUACCCAACACUUUGGUCCAGCUCCCGCCCGAGGCGCCCAACUUCGACGACACAAGACCAAGAAAAACGUCCGCCUCACCAAAGGUAACCUCAUCCUCGACUGUCCCGUCCCCACCAAGCUGCAGACCUUCUUGACGCGUCGUGCCGAGGACGAAUUCACCACCAUGCGCUACUCCGCCGUCACCUGCGAUCCAGACGAUUUCGCAGCAGAGUCCUUCACUCUCCGCCCCGCUCUCUACAGCCGUCACACCGAGUUGUUCAUUGCUAUCACCAUGUACAAUGAAGACGAGGUGCUGUUCUGUCGCACCUUCCACGGUGUCAUGAAGAACAUCGCACAUUUGUGUUCGCGCAACAAGUCGAGGACGUGGGGUAAGGAUGGGUGGAAAAAGGUCGUCGUGGCCAUCAUCUCGGAUGGUCGUAAGAAGAUCCAUCCUCGUGUCUUGGACUGCCUGGCCGCUUUGGGUGUGUACCAAGACGGGGUGGCCAAGAACACCGUCGACGGCAAAGAGGUCAAGGCGCAUCUCUACGAGUACACGACUCAGCUCUCGAUCGAUUCCAACUUGCAAUUCAAAGGCGCAGAAAGGGGACUGGUUCCCAUGCAGAUCAUCUUCUGUCUCAAGGAGAAGAACGCCAAAAAGAUCAACUCUCAUCGAUGGUUCUUCAACGCCUUCUGCCCGAUCCUGCAGCCCAAUGUGACGAUCCUGCUCGAUGUGGGAACACGUCCGGAGAACAAAUCCAUUUACUAUUUGUGGAAGUCGUUCGAUCUCAACUCGAACGUCGCCGGCGCGUGCGGAGAGAUCUGCGCCGACACCAAGGGCAAGUGGGGAGUCGGACCCCUGCUGCUCAACCCACUCGUGGCGGCGCAGAAUUUCGAAUACAAGAUCAGCAACAUCCUCGACAAGACGACCGAAUCCGUCAUGGGAUACAUCUCUGUUCUGCCCGGUGCGUUUUCGGCGUACCGGUACAUUGCUUUGCAGAACGACGAGUUCGGUCACGGUCCGCUGGCGAGCUACUUCAAAGGUGAAAACCUGCUCGGAGCGGAUGCGGAUGUGUUCACUUCCAACAUGUACCUUGCCGAGGACAGGAUCCUGUGCUUCGAGUUGGCGGCAAAACGUGGAUCGGGGUGGGUGCUGAAGUACGUCAAAUCGGCUCGUGGAGUCACCGACGUUCCCGAAGGUCUGCCCGAAUUCAUCAGCCAGCGACGUCGCUGGUUGAACGGCUCCUUCUUCGCCGCCGUCUACGCGCUGUACCACACGGCGCAGUUCAUCAAAUCCGGCCACAACGUCUGGCGCAAAGCCCUGCUGGUGUUCGAGAGCUUCUACAGCUUCGUCAACAUGUGCUUUGCAUGGUUCGGUCUCGCCAACUACUACAUCUUCUUCCGCAUCCUCACCACUUCGCUCGAAGAUCCUACGUUCAAGCUCCGCGGUAUCGGCGUGUUCAACGUCUUCAUGCAGUACAUCUACCUGGGUACGGUGGUGGCGAGCUUCAUCUUCGCCAUGGGAAAUCGACCUCAGGGUAGUAAAUGGAAGUACUGGGCAGCGGUGGUGAUCUUUGCGCUGUUGACGGUGUACAUGAUGAUCGCAGCAGCGUUGUGUCUGAUGAAGGUGGUCAAGAGGGUGGAGCACGAUGCGAUCUAUGCGCAGAUGGUGGUAUCGCUGCUUGCGACGUACGGUGUCUACCUCAUCUCCUCGCUCCUCGCCUGCGACCCGCUCCACCUCAUCACCUCGUUCCUGCAAUACCUCCUCCUCGCACCCACCUACAUCAACAUCCUCAACAUCUACGCCUUUUGCAACCUGCACGACUUCUCCUGGGGCACCAAGGGCGACACCACCGUCUCUGCCGACCUCGGUGCCGUCGUCUCCACCUCCAAGGGAACCGUCGAGAUCACGCUCCCCACCGCCCAAGCCGACAUCGAUACCGCCUACGACGAUGCGCUCAACAACCUCCGCACGCGCCCGUUGAUCAUCCGCGGCGACGCAUCCAACGCCGAAAAGGAAGCCAGGCAGAUGGACUACUACAAGAACAUCCGCACCAACGUCGUCCUCGCCUGGGCACUGAGCAACGGCGUCGUCGCCGCAUUCAUCCUCAACGGCAAUACCAGCGGUACCUUCGCAGACGGUUCGGGCGUAACGAGGACCAAGGUGUACAUGGUCCUCGUGCUGGUCUUCGUCGCCGGCAUGGCUUGCAUCCGCUUCAUCGGCAGCACGCUCUACCUCACCAUCAGGCUGAUCAAUGGUUGA